AUGAUUGUCGAUGGAUCUGUCACUACUAACAACCAACUAACUGAUAUUUCGUCAAAAGCUGGAACCCCACAUCUCGAGGCUGAGAGUCAGGAUGCAUGUCGAAACGCCGACAAGGAUCUCGGGUUACACUGCACCGUUAAUCAUCCAGGAGGAGGCGAGCUUGCCAGAUCCAGACUUGUUAGUCUCAACGUUUCUCGGCGUUCUCUCAAUGCUGAGACGAUAUGUGCCUCUGCAAAUGCCCAUCUUUUUAUUCUGCUCGGAAUUGAAAACACCUCGGCUUCGUGCAGAUUCUUUCAACCUAUGCCUGCCGAAGCUACAGUCCAAGCGGACGUUGGUCCCGGCGAUGAGACUGGUAUCUACUACAUCACUAUUUGCAAUUUACCAUUCGCAACUUCAUGGCAGGAGCUGAAAGAUUGGACACGUACAGCAUGCGUAGUGGACCAUAUCGAGGUCUUCCAGGGUAGUACCUCAGGAUGGGUCCGAGUCAGGGGUAGAGAGAAUUUUGAAAGGGCAUGGGGCCUUCUAAACGGUGGUGUUUUCAAAGGUCGCUCGAUCAUUGCGUCCGACAGGAACCGUAACCAUUCCAUCAAGAUCAAGGAACUUGCUGCACCACCCCAAGCUGUCCUUUCACAGACACCACAGUAUCAGCACACACCUCCCAGCCCCUAUGUGCUGCCAACUCCUGUGGCUAUGUCUCCGCAGUAUUCUGCUACACCUGGGCAGUACUACAUAACUAGUUACCCUCCUGGCAACAGCUCCCGAUUCGCCAAUCAGUCUUUCUCGAACCCAAGCUACGCGCAGCAGCCACCAGUCACAGUAAGCACAAACACUCCGGCAACGUAUGCAGCUGCCAGCCCGGGGAGCUACUACACAUACAAUGAUACCUCUACUCGGUUUCUUCCUCUGAAACCAAGUACAUUCUCGUACUCUCCACAAUAUCAACAUGAAGGGAGUCAGCUUGCUCUUCCUUAUCGCGGUAUUAGUGAGCAUCCCGGUUACUACCCGAAUUGUAGUUUCUCCAGCGGCGAGCCAUCCUAUAGGUCGGAAUACGUGGUACCGGAAACACGCAAGCUAUGUGUGUCGCCAUUCCCGCAACAAGCGCAAGCCGAUGAAGUCAAAUCUUGGGUUCAGCGCAAAGUGGACCAGGACAAGAUUGAAUCGAUCGAGAUCCCCAAGAACAACGACAGCAAUUACCUCAGGGGUUACGUCUUUGUCGUUUUUGAAAACGUCUCGGCAGCGAAUAUUGCAGUAGAGCAGUUCAACAAAGCACGUUUCCAAGGCAGAAGAAUGAUAGCGCGACCCACUCGGGAGGAUGCAGAGGUGGAAGAGCCUACGGAGCCCAGCGUUUCGCAUGAAUCGUCAACCUGGGCCGACUCUGAGAGGAGCGAGACAAGUGUACCAACUACUCCAUCUCGCAGGAGAGAUGAUGGCCGAAGACGGAACGAGAAGCCCCAAAGGUCAAAGAACAAGGGGACUAGCUCAACGGGAUCUGAUAAGAAGAAGACAACAGAAAAGAAGUCGUCUUCGAGUAGGAAAACUUCGGGGUCGCAAGUGGAUAAGAAGUUGUCGUCGAAAAAGGCAUCCACCGAAAAGAAGAUCAACGUCAAGGAUGGAAAGCCGGUCAUCGCUGAUGGAACUUCCCAUCAUCAUGACAAGCACUGA